AAUCAAUCAAAAUCAGAGAUAGAAGAGAAGAUGAACCCUGCAUCCGCAAUGAAAGCUACUGGAGUUUUGGUUCUGCUUGCCAUUCUAACAAUCGCUUAUGCGAAGAAGUCAGAUGAUGUGACAGAGUUGCAGAUUGGUGUCAAGUUCAAGCCUAAGACCUGCGAUGUUAAGGCUCACAAAGGGGACAAGAUCAAGGUCCACUACCGGGGAAAGUUAACAGAUGGAACUGUGUUUGAUUCAAGUUUUGAGAGAGGUGACCCUAUUGAGUUUGAGCUUGGAACUGGUCGAGUCAUUCAAGGAUGGGACCAGGGUCUACUUGGAGCUUGUGUAGGUGAGAAGAGAAAGCUCAAAAUACCAUCUAAACUUGGUUAUGGUGACAACGGCUCACCACCCAAAAUUCCCGGUGGGGCGACGUUGAUAUUCGACACCGAGCUUGUUGCUGUGAACGGGAAAACAUCCAGCGAAGGAAAAACGAAGAGUGAGCUUUGAUUGCAUCCAUCUUCUGCUUAUUUUCUUUUCUCUCAUUUGAAUGUGAACUGUUUUAAGUAAUCGUCGUCAGCAUUUGAAUCUCAAACAUGGUAGGGAACAGAGUCGUUUACUUUUUCUCUAGUUGAAGACAAUAAUGUUUUCAUUCAGUUAGUUAUGUUUGGUCAUUGGCAUUUUACCCAUAACCCAUACAUAAAAACCCAACUGGAUCUGAUGCGAAAAAACAGACCAAAGGUCUAUAGACUUUUACAUGGAUCCAAAACUUCUCUAUUUAAAUGAUCCGGAUCCCAGGCUUAAUUAUGUUGGCCGUUCUGAAAAUUUCAGC